AUGGAAGAUGAAGGAACAGAGAGUGAUGAAAGAGAGAACGGAUAUCCCCUGGUUGCUGAUCUGUCACAGUUACGGAUGCACAGUCGUUUUUUGCGUAGCAUUGAUGAUGUCAUCGACCAGCAAGCUUUUAAUCAGGUCAUUUGUCCACAACGAAGAAGUGAGAAUGUCGUCGAAGAAUACGCUUCAGAGAAUAGACAAUCAGAUGAAAGAGGCACUGAAGAAACGACACAAGGAGGCAAAUGUGAAGGUCUAGCAGCAACACUGCCUAGCUGUAGCAAUACCAGUAGCAAUAACAAUAAUAAUGGUACUCAUAAUAACAAUAAUACUGCUAUCUCGAGUGAUAAGUGGAGUGAUAGUGUUCGUAAUGCUUGCAGUAGCAGCGGCAACCGACAGCAGACGACAUCACCUCAUAGAACAGAAUUCAACGACAUCAUGUCUGCUUCUGUUGUUGAUCGCUUGGCGGCCAUCACAUCCAGUUGGCUUUACUGCUUUUACUUACCUCCGAUCUUAACUGUCAACGACGAGGAGGUAGCUGACGUGAUGGUUGCGAGUGCUGUGAACGAUCAUAAUACUAUCGACGGCGAGUCCAGCUCUCCACCGCAGUUGUCGAACGUAGCGCGUCUUUGUGCAUCAACAGCACCACCUGCAGUUAGCAAUGGCAAUGAGCAGUCUGACGCACCCUCUCCUCAGUCCACUUCCGACCUACAACCGACCGCCAGACUGCAUCGAACGCUUGGCCAACAACAUUCCAGUCGCAGUUCAAGAGCAAUACAACGAUACCCGCUGCACAACGCCGCAUCGCUGCGUCGUACCGCUAAUGACACAGCUCAAGCGAUUGCUACUAGCCCAACCACUUCACCUGCUUUAAGAGAAGGGAGUGAGUCAUCAACGGAGAUAACCUACGGUAAUGCUACAGAGCGAGUGUCUUUGGGAUGGCAGGCAUCGAAGUCGACUCUAAAGGAGCGUUUUUCAUUCAUGUACUGCAACGAGCUACUCGCAGAUGUGUACUUCACUGUGGGACGCGAUGAGCAAUGUCAGAGGAUCCCUGCACAUAAGUUUGUCCUUGCCACUGGAUCGGCUGUUUUUGAUGCAAUGUUCAACGGGGGUUUAGCUGACAAUCGAACAGAUCUUUCGAAAGGAGCGAUGUUCGUUUCUGAAAUAGAACUACCAGACGUUGAGCCAAACGCUUUUCUUGCGCUAUUGAAGUUUCUCUAUUCGGAUGAGCUCUCGAUUGAGCCAGAAAGUGUUAUGACUACACUUUAUACAGCAAAGAAAUAUGCAAUACCUGCGAUGGAGAAAGCUUGUGUGGAUUUCUUAAAGCGUAAUCUGAGUGCCGAUAACGCCUUCAUGUUACUGACCCAGGCAAGACUCUUCGAUGAGCCGCAGUUGGCGAGUUUGUGCUUGGAGAUUAUUGAUAAGAACACGACUGACGCACUGAAUGCUGAUGGCUUCACAGAGGUCGAUCUGGAGACGUUGUGUGUGGUGUUGAAACGAGAUACAUUACGCGUUCGUGAAGCAGCGCUGUUCAUGGCCGUUCUGCGAUGGACUGUCGAACAGUGCCAUCGCAAAUCGUUGCCAGUCACUGCUCACAACCAACGCAAACUCCUCGGAAAGGCCCUCUACCUCAUCAGAUUUCCGCUGAUGACCAUCGACGAGUUUGCGCAGUGUGUUGCACAAAGUGGCAUUCUUGACGACCAUGAACUAGUUAGCUUGUUUUUAUAUUUCACCGUGAAUCCUAAGCCUGCAAUUGCUUUCAUUGACAUUCCUCGAUGUUGUGUGUUUGGUAAAGAAGUUAUCGUGAAUCGAUUUCAACGCGUUGAAGGGCGAUGGGGUUACAGUGGAACUCCUGAUCGUAUCAAGUUUACUGUCGAUCGAAAAAUUUACGUGAUUGGUUUUGGGUUGCAUGGUAGCAUUCAUGGACCAUAUGAAUACGAAGUGACGAUUCAGAUUCUACAUUGCGGUACCGGUAAGGUUUUGGCAAGCAAUGACACCUCAUUUACAUGUGAUGGUUCAAGUUCAACAUUUCGAGUUCUGUUCAAGGAACCCGUCGAAAUAACUCCUUGUGUUACCUAUAUUGCAUCUGCUUGUUUGAAGGUAAUCAUCCCACCGAACCGCGAGGAUCCCCGAAAAUUCGAAAGGGCUGGUUCAGCCGGGGACCUCGGCAAACCGAACUUCGGUUACCACCGACCGAUGCCCGAAAAUUUCCUUUCGGCAGUCCCCGACAGGCCACUCAGUUGGCGACCACCGAAAAAAUAUGGUCCAGACUCGCAUUAUGGUACGAAAGGUCUAAGGCGCAUCGUGCACCAGUCGCCAACAAGUGGUAUAAUCACGUUUCAGUUCACUUAUGCGGCUGGCAAUAAUAACGGUACUUCGGUGGAAGAUGGCCAAAUUCCCGAGAUCAUCUUUUGCACGAAACUGAAUUGA